AUGAACAGUUCCAGUCUGGUUUCUGCCCAGGUCAUAGCACAGAAUCUGCUCUCCUCACCAACUCUCUUCUCAUGGCAGCAGAUUCUGGAUUACUUUCUCUCCUCAUCCUCCUCGAUCUCAGUGUGCCCCAAGGCUCUGUCCUGGGGCCCCUUCUUUUCAUCAUCUACCUUCUCCCCCUUGGAGGCUGCAUACCAUCCAGAUGUCAGCAGGGACGUCCAGAUGCGAGCUCUACGUUACGGCAAUGAAUGUGCCUCUGGGUAUCUGGGGCUACUAGAACACGUGUUGGUGAUCAUCCAGAAGCCCACUCAUGACCUGAAGCAGCAGUUGGCCAACUACUCCAAGCGUGUGGCGGGCUCUGUCACCGAGCUCAUCCAGGCUGCCGAAGCUAUGAAAGGAACAGAAUGGGUGGACCCUGAGGAUCCUACUGUCAUCGCAGAGAACGAGCUGUUGGGUGCAGCGGCUGCUAUCGAAGCAGCUGCCAAGAAACUGGAGCAGCUCAGGCCGAGGACCAAACCCAAGGAGGCAGAUGAGAGCUUGAACUUUGAGGAGCAAAUUCUGGAGGCAGCCAAGUCCAUUGCAGCUGCCACAAGUGCUCUGGUCAAAGCUGCUUCAGCAGCACAAAGGGAGCUUGUGGCUCAGGGGAAGGUUGGAGCAAUCCCAGCCAACGCGGUGGAUGAUGGACAGUGGUCUCAGGGUCUGAUUUCUGCUGCUCGAAUGGUUGCAGCAGCCACCAACAAUCUGUGUGAGGCAGCCAACUCUGCAGUGCAGGGACACGCCAGUGAAGAGAAGCUCAUCUCGUCAGCCAAGCAGGUCGCGGCCUCCACUGCUCAGCUGUUGGUGGCCUGCAAGGUCAAGGCUGAUCAGGACUCACAGACUAUGAAAAGGCUCCAGGCUGCUGGAAAUGCGGUGAAGCGAGCCUCUGAUAAUCUGGUGAAAGCAGCACAGAAAGCGGCGUUCGACGCUCAGGACGACCAGGCUGUGGUGGUGAAGAGUAAGAUGGUGGGAGGCAUUGCUCAGAUCAUUGCGGCGCAGGAGGAGAUGCUGCGGAAAGAAAAGGAGCUGGAAGAGGCCAGGAAGAAGCUGGCCAUGAUCAGACAGCAGCAGUACAAGUUCCUCCCCUCGGAGCUGCGAGAGGACGGCCAGGAGCAGUGAAAGUGUGUGUGUGAGUGUGUGUGUGUGUGUGUGGGGAGGAGUGUUGCGCUGACAAUCAGCAUCAUCAGUAACCU